AUGAGGUUUGAAAUAUUGGCACGUUCGGGGUUUGCGAGGGCUGGAGUUUUGAGUUUACCUCAUGGUGUUGUCGAAACUCCUGUUUUCAUGCCAGUUGGUACACAAGGUACAAUGAAAGGUAUUCUGCCGGAGCAGUUAGUUGAAAUGGACUGCAGAAUAUUACUGUGUAAUACGUAUCACCUGGGUCAUCGUCCAGGACAUAAUUUAGUUCGUAAAGCUGGGGGAUUACAUGUGAUGAUGAAUUGGCCCUGGGCAAUACUUACCGAUUCUGGAGGGUUUCAGAUGGUAUCUUUAAGUAAGCUGAUGACAGUAGAUGAAGAAGGAGUUGUUUUUGAAAGUCCGCACACUGGUCAGAUUACUCAUAUGACGCCGGAACACAGUAUAAAAAUCCAGGAGGAUCUUGGAGCAGACAUAAUCAUGCAACUGGAUCAUGUUGUGCACGUUUUAACUGAAGGCUCUAUUGUUGGAGAAGCAAUGCGUCGUUCUGUAAGGUUAUGGUUGGAUCGCUGUCGAGCUGCGCACACACGAACAAAUCAAGCCUUAUUUCCAAUCAUACAAGGAGGACUUCAAUCCGAUUUACGUACUGAAUGUGCUGAAGAAAUGUCUUCAAGGGCUAAAGUUGGGAUAGCAAUUGGAGGGUUGAGUGGAGGAGAAGAAAAGAAUGCAUUUUGGAAGAUAGUAGCCUUAUGCUGUCAGAAGGUCCCCGAAUGUCUACCAAGAUACGUCAUGGGUGUCGGCUUCGCUGUUGAUCUUGUCAUUUGUUCCCUUCUCGGUGCAGAUAUGUUUGAUUGUGUGUAUCCAACACGUACGGCACGGUUUGGUAGUGCCUUAGUUCGACGAGGUCGUUUAAUGCACCUUUCACGGAGGGAAUAUGCUUAUGAUUUCAGGCCCAUCGAUGAAAAAUGCGGGUGUUAUACAUGCAAGCACCAUACUCGUAGUUACCUUCAUGCAAUUGUUAACCAGGAGACAGUGGCUUGCCAUUUGAUAAGUGUUCACAAUAUUCAACAUCAACUUAGUUUGAUGCGAGAGGUUAGAGAGGCCAUCAAAAACAAUUCUGUAGAACAAUUUUUAAAGGAGUUUCUUGCUGAGCAGUUCGUUAAUGAAGAAAUACCUCAGUGGGUUCGUGAUGCAGUACACUAUAUGGGUUAUAAAUUAUAA